AUGAACAUUGAACAUCUUCAAGAGGAUUUUUCGAAGCUACUGCUGAUCCAAACCACGUCCUUAUCUCGUAACCUUAAGGUUUUAGCUUGUUGUGCCGAAAUAGGUGAGAGUCAUUACCUACGUAAUACGCAACCGCUAAAUUUACACUGUAGAAUAAAGCCAUCCAAUAGUCCACGAGUUGAUUCCACCAGUGUAAUCAUGCCAAAUCUGAUCCCGGUCAUGUCGAAAGCCAACGGAGUUGGGGGCGUGAGGACCACUCUCUCAGAAAAUGAUGCGCUCAAUCUUAGUCUGGGAAGCCUAGGUUUGCCAACUGGCACUUCUGGCGGUACCACAGGUCAUGAGGGAGCUAGUAGCCACGUUCAAGGGCCGCAUAAUGCUACCAAGCUCAACAGUGCAUCCAGAAAUACAGUAGUAGGGGCCCCAACGCUGGUGGAUAUUUUGGAGGCUACUGACACGCCAUCAAAUCUCGGUUCAAACACAAGCAGCCAUCCUACGGUUGAAAGCCAUGUUACGCCGCUUGGAAACGACAGGGCUUCAGCAUAUACGGGCGCGGCUACUAUAUCUAACUCCGCUACGCGAAAUACGAACAGCUCAAACUCACCGGCGCAUUUUGGCAUUGUUCCUCAGGUGGCGAGCGGCCCCGGACUGGUUUCUGGAGCUUCGAAUUCGACCACGUCCAGCGUGCAAUUGUGCCAACGCAUGGACGAGGUAAGCGCGCGCAUGAUAGCCAUGGAAGAAAUGUUCAACAAACUUUGCAGCAAGAUAACGGAUCAAGAAACUACAAUCCAGCACCUGCGAUUACAAAGUGAAAGGUUUUUGACCAGCAUUUUGAGCGAGGUUCGCCAGGUUAACCACAGCAUUCCGGUCCUGGAGAACCCAGAUGACAAUGAAAAAGAUGGAUUUGUCACUGAUCUACUAAAUUCCAUUACCAACGUGAGUUCCAACUACCUGAAGAAAGUGAAUUCCAAGAACACUCAGAAGUACAAACGCCAGCGUUCUUCCUUGAGCGAAUCUGACGGCGGGGCUUCGAAGCAUGAGAGCAAUCGUAGCGAAGCUGCUCCCCCACAUACCCAACUAGCACAGCAGCCACAAACCAAACUAGCAUAUCAAACACAUCAAGCACAGAAAUCUCAGCAACAGUCGAGCGUAGCUGCCUCUCUAGGUACAAGCAUCCCCCAACCGCUGCAAGCCCAACUAUUCAAGUUGAAUCCGAACGGGAUCAAACGUCGCAGGGCCAACACCACCUCAAACAAUGACCUGACAGGGUCUCUUGAUGCCAACCAAACAUUUUCACCACUAGGAGGAGUUGGCUCCAUGAGCUUACCUAACAUGACUCUAGAAAAGGGUGCUCUAUCUGGGAGGAGUGGGCUGCAGCCAUCUGUGCUAGAGGCUGGAAACUCGAGCUUUAAGGCUCGCCCGCGAAGUAUAGACAUACGGGUAGGUUCUGAGCGUAGUAUCGAGACAGACUCGUCGGAUGAUGACGAAGACGGAUAUCAAGAAGAUGAUGAAGGCCAUAACACCGAGGAAUCCGAUUCACACUCGUUUCGUCGUGAAUACGCUCACGGCUCCGCGAACGAAACACAUCAGAUCAAUUACGAUACUGAAUACAGCAAUUUUCUGGAACCGGUGAGCCAGGGCAUGACUAGAUCGAGCAGCCACAAGACGCUGCGCCAGCUACCGAUCUCCAAGAGCCAGAAUCGAAAUACACACAGGACAAGUCUCGGCACCGGGAAAGUCAGACACAGCUCAAGCACACGCGACAGGGAUCUGGAUUACACGCUACUCAAAGCCCCUGCCAAUGUGAGGGCCAUUUGGAAAGAAUACACAGAGGGAAUAGAUGGAAAUCCGUCGGUUAAGUUUCUGGAAGAAGCUUACGGGAACAAGUGGCGGGUGAAAAAAAAUGUCAAAACAUUUGCAAGGCGCAAACGCUUAUAUAAAUUCAUCAUCAACGGCAUGAAGCGAGGGCACACCUCAGAUGAAAUGAUAGAUUUGUUGGAAAAGAGGCGUGUCUACAGGAACGAGCAAGGGGAAGUGAAGAAGCGCACCAUUGGAUGGUUACAACAGAGCCUGAGCGGGAUCUGA